CAUGGGUUCCAAAGAAAUUAAAAUGGAUGCCAUGUAGCAGACAACAUUUGCGUGUGAAAUAUUUGAAUGGAUUCUUCUAAAGGCACAGGACCCUUUUUGCAAAGGAUAAUGCAAAGACAAAACAGCUCAUCACCAAGACCAUCAAGUUGUAGUAGUGGUGACAGUUUUAGAGGUCCAAAACUUAAACAAGAAAUAUGUAUAGGAGAAGAAGUCAAGAUUUCUGUUCAUUUGGCAGUUGAAAGGUUCAAGCUAAAUGAUACACAAAAAGUACUGGAAUUUCCAUCUUCAUUAACAGCCACAGAAAGAGCAUACAUUCAUAGGCUGUGUCAGGGAAUGGGAUUUCAUACAAAAAGUAGUGGGAAGAGGUCGAGCAGAUACCUUACUGUAUAUAAGAAGGAAGGGAGUAUGGCCACUCAGUCAGCAGCUAGUCUUCACAUGGUCAGAAAUUCAAGACAACAAAUACAUAGCCUUCUUCAGAGAUUUCCUCUCACUAGUAAAGAAAGACAAGACUUGUUACCAAAAACUGAAAGAAUUUCUGUCAGUGAAGUAACAAAGGAACUGAACAAGACAACAAUAGGUAAAUUAAAUAAUGGUGUAGCUCAAAUACCACCAGAGCGUGGCAAUUCUGAUCUGGAUACCUUCAGAGAAACUCUACCAGUAUAUAGAUUUAAAGCAGAAAUCAUGGAGGCUAUCAACAGUAACCAGGCCAUCUUAGUAUCUGGUGAAACUGGUUCUGGUAAAACUACACAGGUUCCUCAGAUGAUUUUAGACUAUUGCCAUGAGCAAAAAAAACUAUGCAGAAUAUUCUGCACACAACCCAGAAGAAUAGCUGCUCUUAGUAUUGCUGAAAGAGUUUCUGCUGAAAGGGGAGACAAAAUUGGACAAACUGUAGGAUAUCAGAUCAGAUUGGAAAGCAAAGUAUCACCCAAGACACUACUGACAUUUUGUACUAAUGGUGUAUUGUUGAGAACUCUGAUGGGAUCCACAGAAUCUAUGUCAGAGGUUACACACAUUAUUUUGGAUGAGAUACAUGAACGAGACAGAUUCAGUGACUUUCUGUUGAUAGCUGUCAGAGAUUUACUUGAGAAAUAUCCUGGUCUUAAAGUUGUUUUGAUGAGUGCAGCUUUAAACAUUGAACUGUUUGUUAAAUAUAUGAAUGGUUGUCCUGUUGUGUCGGUUCCAGGAAGUUUGUUUGAAGUAAAGGAAUACUAUUUAGAAGAUGUGUUAAAAUGGACUGGUUACACAAAUAAAGUGAUGAAUAAAUUGAAGAAAGAAAAAGAUCAAGUUGAAAAACAGAAUGAAGAAUUAAAACAGUGGUGUUCACAGAUCAGUGCUGAUGAGGGAGAACUGGAUGAUGAUAAUGAUGACAAUGUUAUACACAGUAACACUGACAACAUUACAGAGUUAGGUGAAGAAAAGGAGAACCUAGAACCUGGAGUAAUAAAAGAAUUGGACCAGUUGCUGAGUGAAGCCUGGUUAACAGGAAAAGAAGAAGUCUUCUCACAAAUAUUUCAUUUAAUUCUCAGUGAAAAUGUCAGUGUUGAUUACCAACACAGCAAUACCACUAUAACACCACUGAUGAUAGCUGCUGGUCGGGGCUUUACAUCUGUUGUGGAACAGUUGCUGAAUUUGGGAGCUAAUAUCAAUGUGAAAGCUUCCAAUGAUUGGACUGCCCUUUAUUUAGCACAGAAGUUUAAGCAUGAAGACAUAUGUGAAUUGCUAGAGGCAAAUAUGGAUGUUCCAGUCAUGGGUCCAGGGGGAGAUAACAAUUUAGAUUCUAAAGUCAUGUCACCAGAGGACCAAGAUUUACUGAGUAGAUAUCAUCACAGUUUUGAUGAUGAAUUAGUGGAUGCUGAUCUAAUACUUGCUCUACUCAUAAAAAUACUAUGUACAAGUCAAACAGGUGCUGUAUUGAUAUUUUUGCCUGGCUAUGAUGAUAUUGUGAAAAUACGAGACUUGAUUUAUGAAGACAGAUUCUUUGAAAAUUAUAAGUAUGUGAUGUAUGUUUUACACUCCGCAAUGCAAUCUACAGACCAGAAGAAAGUUUUUAAUUCACCACCAGCUGGUGUAAGGAAAAUUAUUUUAGCUACCAACAUAGCAGAAACCAGCAUAACUAUCAAUGAUGUAGUAUUUGUUAUUGAUUCAGGAAAAGUCAAAGAGAAAACAUUUGAUGCUCUCUUGAAUGUGAGUAUGUUGAAGAGUAAUUGGAUUUCAAAGGCCAGUUCUAUACAGAGGAGGGGAAGAGCUGGUAGAUGUCGUCCAGGAUCAUGUUAUCAUCUAAUGAGUACGGUCAGAUUUAACUCUCUGAUAGAUUAUCCUGCACCAGAAAUACUCAGAUAUCCUUUACAGGAGUUAUGUCUUCACACAAAGUUAUUAGCUCCAGCUAAUAUAAGUAUAGCAGAUUUCUUAGGUAAAGCACCAGAACCACCACCAUUUCUAGUCACCAGGAAUGCUGUACAUAUCUUAAAGCAAAUGGAUGCAUUAGACAGUUUUGAAGAUUUGACAGAAUUAGGACAUCACCUAGCCGACAUGCCAGUAGAACCUAGACUUGGGAAGAUGGUACUAUAUGCUGUGGUAUUAAAGUGUUUAGACCCUAUACUUACCAUUGUGUGUUCACUGGCUUAUAAAGAUCCAUUUAUGUUACCAGCACAGCCAUCACAGAAAAGAGCAGCUACAAUGUCUAGACAUAAAUUUUCAGCAUCUACAUACAGUGAUCAUAUGUCGUUGCUUAGAGCUUUUCAGGCAUGGCAGAAAGCUAAGACUGAUGGAUGGGAUAGAGGUUUCUGUCAUAAGAAUUAUCUGUCUUCUGCUGUCAUGGAAAUGAUAGUUGGCAUGAGGGCACAACUGUUGGGUCAGCUGAGAGCUUCAGGAUUUGUUAGAGCCAGAGGAGGAGGAGAUAUCCGAGAUCUAAAUACUAAUUCUGAGAACUGGGCCGUUGUCAAGGCAGCAUUGUGUGCUGGGAUGUACCCUAAUAUCAUCAGGGUUGAUAGGCAAAAGUCACAGCUUCUAUCAUAUAAAGAAGGGAAGGUGAAGUUCCACAUGUCGUCAGUAUUAAACACUUUACCAACCGCAGCCUGUCUCAGUAGAACUGCCACACAUAAGAAUGUUGUCAGAAAUCUGCCAUCAGACUAUUUAAUGUAUGAUGAGAUGUCUCGCUAUGAAAGACUUGCAUUUGUCAGAUGUUCUACACUGGUGUCUUCAGCUACUGUAGCCCUGUUUGCUGGUCCAAGUAAACUCUCCCCUGAUGCAAUCAAGGAUGCUGAUACAGAGUAUAGACGAUAUGAUGACUAUGUUGAUGCUGCCAGCGACAGUGAAGAAGAAGUAGACGGAGAAGUAUCAAAGACAUCGUUACAUCUCGAUGAUUGGCUUAGAUUUAAAAUUGAUCCGGAGACAGCAACCUGUAUUAUGCAAUUAAGGACUAAAUGGCACAGCCUUUUCUUGAGGAGGAUGAGGAAUCCAUCAAAACCUUGGUCUCAAGUUGAUGAGGCUGUAAUAAGAGCAGUGAUUAAUGUUCUAACCAAUGAAGAACAAGCUUUAGGAUUACAACAGCCUGCUGGGAUAGGACAAAGACCAAGACCUAUGACCUCAGAAUCUUUGAUGUCGGGUAGCUACUCUGGUAAUGAGAAUGAAGAUUACGGCAAUGGCAGGAAUGUGAGAAAGGGUCUAUCAACACCCCCAGCCAAACAGAUUCAGCUUCUGUCAAGGACACCAAAAGGAGAUAGAGAGUCUUUCAGUAGUAAUACAUCUUCCUCAAACAGUCCAAGAGGAAGUGAAGCCAGUACUCCAUCAGGUAGUCCUCAGCCAAAACAAGGUCAAGGUCAUCCAUGUAGGUAUUAUGUGAUGAAAUGUACACAUCAGAAGACAUUAGACACAUCAGUCAGUAAUGGAACAUGGUUUGUCACAGCUAAUAGUGCCAAGAAAAUCAAUAAAGCUUUCCAGGAUGGGAAAACUGUGUUGAUGAUAUUUUCUAUCAAUGCCAGUGGACAUUUCCAGGGAUAUGCCAAGAUGACUUCUUUAGCUGCAAAAGAUAAAAUGUCAGGUGUACAGAAUUCAAACUUCAAUUAUAUAUGCUCUAUAGAAUGGAUAAAGAGAAAUAAUCUUCCAUUUCAAUUGACUCAUCAUCUCCUGAAUCCACUGAACGAGAACAAGAGAGUUCAGAUUAGUAGAGAUGGACAGGAGAUAGAACCAUCUGUGGGUGAAGCCCUAACUAAAUUAUGGGAUAGAAAGGAUCCAUUGGAGAGGGGUUGGAGAGACAAUCAGUCAUAUCAACACUAUGACUCGAAUGAACAAAGAUAUCAACAGUCACCAUUUAAUCAAUUUCAAAGUGGAAAUCCAUUUUAUCCUCCAGAGGGCGCUUCUGGGAAUGCUGAAAUGUUCAAUGCAGCUAGAUUGUAUGGAAGUAUGAGUACCUAUCCUACUUACCCUGGGUAUAUGAUGUCACCACCCAGACAGAAUCCUGUAACAAUUCUUCAGAGAAAUCAAAAUAGGAGAUACCAAAAUUAUGGGAGGCAGCAUGGUCCAAGUGGAGAUAACUGAUAAGUGCAAAGAGUUGUCUUUCUUGGAAUCUGUGAUAUAUAAUGAUUUCACAAUCAUGCAUUUAGAACCUGUCUUAAACAAUUUUGUCAUAUCUUAACCAGCACUACUUACAUGUCAUGGUUAUGUAGAGAUCUGUCUUUUUUUGUGUCCAUUCAUCUUUCAAACUUGAAUUUUCAAAAUGAUAAUUGAAGUACCCUUCUGACCAAUUAUAAAAGAUUCACCAUAAUUGAACUGUGCAAGACUCUCAUUGGAAGUUAAUAUUGGUAGACACUCCCAUUGUAGUAUUAACCAUAAUAUGUAAUCUGAAUUUGGUUUUGGUGAUAUGACCUUUACCUCUAAAGAUAUAGGUCCUUUUAGAAAAAUUAGUUUUGAUACUUUUUAGAGAUGUAGAGAAAAUGGGAAGCAAGUCUAGUUUCCUUUUAUGAGAUAAAAGAAAAAAUAAGAUUUAAAUUCUUUUAAAAAAUCAUCCUGGUGAAUACAUGACUUUCCUUGAUCAAAAAAUGAAAAUAGACAAAAUUUCUGUCAGGAUUCUAAAUGAUAUUUUAACAUUACAACUUUAAAUGUGUGUUAGGUAGAAAUUAAGUCACAUCCCUUCACUCUUAUUUUAUGCCUUGAAAAAAUAAAAAAGAAUGAAAGGCAAUUUGAUAUAAGAUUGCUCUGAAGCUGCUUGGUUAUUAGGGAUGCUAUAGUGUUUUACUUCUCUGCCAAAACAAGGUAUUCAUAUACAAUAAAAAUAUGUGCAAGUUCAGUGCAAUUUGAUUAGUCAUUGCAAUAUAAUAGUAACGUCUGUGAAGAAUUGUUGCAAAAUAAUAUUUACCUUUUAUGAUACAGUAGCUAUGUUUAAUUAUAAGUAAUUGAAUACUAUGCAGUACGAGAGUAUGUUCUUUUUUUAACAAUUUUUUUCAGUGCUAGCACUGAAAACUAGAUACUCAUAUUGUGAAAAAAUAAAAGAUGUGAACAAACAUUAACAUUGAAAUAUAUAUUAUAUAUUCUGAUACAAGUCUUAAUCAGCAUUAGGUAAACAAGAUAUAUAUUUUUUCUAGUAUAUAUGUAGGGAGUACAUCUAUAUAAUAGUUAGAUUAUUGCAUGUGUCAAAAAAGUUAAUUUAAAGAUGUAAAGAGUAUUUAUUAGGCUUUAAUGAUUACAUUUUUGUUUGACACAUGAAGACUUGUUGAAGGCAAGACAUAGGUAUUUCAUUCCUGUGACAGUUACUACAAGCUGUAUAUAAAGAUUCAUAUCUUAGAAGGUAGGAGGAUCCAUAUUUUAAGUAGAACAUAGCUUAUUCAAGGACAUAUGCAAUCGAUGAUUGACCCUAUGUCGUCAUAUUUCUGUAAUAGUGAAAUCUCUAUUACAUUCUAAUUUAUAGGAAAGUUUUUCCAAACAGUCCCAGAGAAAACAGUCUUUUCUGUUUGUAUCAUUCAACCAAACUGAUCAUUGAUAAAUAGUUUUUUACAACUGAUAAAAGUACAGUCGAACCUCGUUGUGUCGAAGUCGAAGGGACCAGACCAAAGUAUUCGACUCAACCGAGGUUCGACUCAUCCGAGGUCAAGUGUGUCGUCAUAAAUUUGGAAUGCACGAAAUACGGUAUGAGAUUUGUGUUAACUAGACACAAUGAACAGUGUGCCUUUUUUUCGAUAUGACACUUUAUGAUUGUGUAUUCAAUCUCCUUUUUUGGUCCUUCGUAAUAAUUAAACACACAACAAGUACAGAUACAAAUCAUGCACAAAUAAAAUCAAUAGUCUACACAAAUAUUUACAAAGGUCAGUCACUAUAAAUUAUGAAAUCACUCGCGGCACGAAAUAAGUUCUAAAUGGUAUCUGAUGAGGUCGUCUGCUUUACAUUAAAUUAUCAUGAAUUUAUUAUAAUUGUCCUAAUCGUUUUAUUUAUUGUAAUUAAUGAGUUUUAAAUCUAACGAUUCAUUUAAUCUCGGCUUGGGUCAUUUAAAUUCGUUUCGUUUUUAUCUCAGGUGAAAAAUGUUCCACACUAACAUUCCGCUUGAACGAUCAACAAAGGUGUUAAUUAGCGGUCACCAUAAACAUGUCAUGUUAACUGUUAUACAAACAAGUAUGUUUACUCAGCUUUAAUGUCUUUUGAAAAUGAUUAGGUGACAUAAGAAAUACAUCCGAUUUGAAUUUUUAUCAUUAGGUCUGCAUCUUUCGAAAAUUCUUACUUUCGAACUUCGAGACAUCGGGGUCAAUUUACAUUAAUUUUACUUCGACAGGACUAUAAAAUUUACUCGACUUAACUGAGUAUUCGAAUCAACCGAGUUCGACUCAUCAGAGGUAAUUAUGCAUUGAUCAAACGGGAAUUUUAACGGGACUGAGAAAUUACUUCGACUCAUCCGAGUUUGCGACACAACCGAGUUCGACACAACGAGGUUCGACUGUAUACAGAAGAAAUUGUAAACUGUUUGACAGUCCAUGUGAUUAUCUACUUAAUCAUGUGACCAAUUGAUGGUAGUUUACUGUCAAUUCACCAGAAGGAUGAGAUUCAAAAUAUCAACUUUUUUUUCAUUCGUAAAUAUUUUUAUAAUUCUUUAAAAACAUAUUAUAGCUUUACUCACAAGAUAGCUCUUAAAAAAGUAAAAAUAUUCAACAAGAAUACAAUUUUUUAAAAGCUAAAAACAUGAAAUUGUAUUAAGGGAGAUAACUUCUCUUCCAAUUUUCCUAGAAUAUUCUUUUGUAAUCUCCCAUUUAAUGAAUAAGGUCUUGCAGGUUAAAAGGAAGUAUUUAAAUAUGACUGGCACCACCUAGUUUUUACAUCAAAGAUAAUAAGUAGAAGUAAAUUUAUUUUCUGCUGCCCUUUUAAAUAGAAAACAAAAUUGAAAUAGGGAGAAAUUAGUGUUGGCUAUUGGUGUAGAAAUAGCGAGAAAUUUGGAGGAAACUCUCUGUAAUGAGCAACAUUUUACUUCGCAAAAUUAAGCAAGGGUGUUCUUUAUUCAUACUAUUUUAGAAAUUCCGGAACCAUAGAGAACCCUUAAAAAAUGCAAUUUUUCUAUGUGUUUUGCAGUUUUAUUAACACCCAAAGGUGUUGAAAUUCAGAAUUUGAAAGUUUUAUCAAAGGAUCUUUUGUAGUGAAAACGCAGACCCCAAAAAGGCUACCAUUGUCGCCUUUGUAAAUAAUUACUUCAUUUUUACCUGCAGUGUAAUCAAUCUUUGAAAUAAUGAAGGAUUUUACAACUGGAUUUUUUACUGCAACACUUGCAGCCAAGUGACAGAAAGUUAUUGUAAAAUAUACUUGACAGAUUUGUUGUUUGAAACUGACCUUAUUUUCAUGGUCCAGUGAUUUUUGUCCAUUUCAUAAUAAGUAUUUUGUUAUUGAGAGGGAAAAUAAAUUAAAAAAAUAGUUUACAACUAUCAAAUAUAUCAAGUGUUCUUGACUUCAUUUUUAAAGUGAUUCACAUUGAGUUCUGAGUAACAUUUUUACAAAGGUUGUAUUUGUCAAUUAUUAUUUGUCUCUUGAUGACAAGAUGCACAUGUUAGUCAGAUGUGUUUAUGUAUUUUGAUUUAUUCACACAAACCUUUUAUCAGGUGAAACAUUUUUUGGUGUCCUCAAUACUGAGGUUUUCUAGCACUGUGUAAUGCUGAAAUUAAUUGAUAAACAUUGUAUUAGUCUGAGUGUAUUAUAUGAGUUAAUAUAAGGAUGUAUUAGUGUGAGUGUAUUAUAUGAGUUAAUAUAAGGAUGUAUUAGUCUGAGUGUAUUAUAUGAGUUAAUAUAAGGAUGUAUUAGUCUGAGUGUAUUAUAUGAGUUAAUAUAAGGAUAGCAUAUAUUAUUCUUGACUCUGCUAAAGGGAAAACAUUGUUCAGUGUUAUAAUGCAACCAUGAGAUAUCCAAAACUAUUAGUCAUUGUUGUACAUAAUUUUUUCAGCUUCAGCAAAUAUAUAAGAUUGUAUUUCUACUUUUCAAUUUAAACCAGAAUGGACAGUUAGCUAUAAUAACUGAUAUUUGUUAUUAAGUCAAACUUUAUUAAGUAAGAAUGUCUUUCCUGUUUGUUAUAUUUAUGACAUAGGAAUUGACACACUUACCCCUAAUUAGCCCAAAGUUCAAUAUGUUUUGCAUGUAUCAUUUAUUUUAGUAUUCGGUAAAGUUAAAUGAUGAAAUGCAUGAAAUUAAAAAUUUCAAUAACUGUCCUAAAUACAUGCAUCAUAAGAUAACUAGUGUGAAUCCUUAUGUAAUGAGGUGUCGUCAUUAGAUUAUACUAAUUAUCAAAUGAUAAAAUCUGCUGAUUGUCAUAAAAACUUUCACUUUAUUAUAAAAAUGUAAGUAUAAUACAUUAAUUAGACAAGCCAAAAUAUGUUGCAAAAAUAACCUAUAUAAGCUACCACUUUAGUACUCUAAAGUAAAAUAGAGUUAUUUACACUAAAUAUCGUGGAAGGUUUAGUUUGCAUAAAGAAAUUUCAUAAGUAUAGAACUUUUGAUAAGUUUAAAAAACAUUGGUUGCAUUAUAUUAAUAAAUAUUAAGUUUUACUUUAGCAGGAUAUUAGUAUUUAUAUAUUUGUAUUUAAAAUAUGUAGAAAUAGAUUUUUGGUGGAAAGGCCAAAUGGGCUGUUGUAGAAAUAGAUUUUUGGCGGAAAAGGCCAAAUGGGCUGUUGUAGAAAUAGAUUUUUGGUUGAAAAACCAAAUGGGCAGAUGCAGAAACUUGGCAUCCAUUGACGUUCUUUACUUAAAUAUUGUCUCAAAAAUCCUCCAGGAAUAAGAUACCUGGUUCCUGUCUACUUUAUUACAAUUGUCAAAGUGAUAGAUAAUAGUAGAUGGAAAGUGUCAUUCAUUAUAAUAUCUAAGUCUUUUGAACAAUACCUUUUCAUAUUUGGAACAAAGCCAUUCUUUGUAAAUGAUGAGAUCAUGCUGUAAUUUUGCAUAGCCAAUUUUUUCCCAAAAUUAUAUAAAAAAUAACAAUAAUUGUUUAUACCUGUAGUGAGUGAUACAUGCUUCUAGGGGCCUCUUGUUUCUUUUAUACAGGUUGUUAUAUAUAUUUUUUUGUUGUUAUAUUUUACAUGGAAUAAACUGUUACAGUCUU